UUGAGGUUCCUUUCAUUCAGCAGUUUGACCAAGAUGACGCCCGCACACUUUGUCUUCUGGCUGAUGUGCCUGCUCCUGGUGAACAUGGCUCAGACAGAAAACGUCUCUUCGGCUCUCCGUCAGAAAAGCAGCGUUUUGUCAGCCGAAGCUGGAGAGACUUUGACUUUGGAAUGUUUCUAUGAAACUGAUGAUGAUGCCAAGUUCAGCUGGUAUAAGCUAACCUUGGGACAAAAGCCACGACUCAUUUCCACUGUGUUCAAAUAUGGAGAGCGUACUUUUUACAAUGAAUAUGUAAACAAUCCACGUUUCAGCCUGGACUCUGGAAAAGGUAAAAACCACCUGAUUAUUGCCGGGCUGCAGCCUUCAGACACAGCCACUUACUACUGCUCCAGGGGUUACAUAUACAAUUUCGAAUUUGGAAAUGGCACUACGGUGUUCGUGAAGGGUUCAGACUCGAACAUGCAGACUUUGGUCCAUCAGGUAGAAUCUGAGGCAGUCCAGCCGGGAGGUCACGUGACUCUAACCUGCUCAGUAGAAUCUGGGAGCUGUGAUGGAGAACACAGUAUUUACUGGUUCAAGAACAAUGGAGAAUCAGUUCCAGGACUCCUGUACAGCCGCAGAGGCAGAAAGGAUCAGUGUGGACAGAAAACUCAGGAGCAAACCCGCUCAUGUCAGUACAGCCUGCUGCUGCAGAACCUGACUGGGUCUCAGGCUGGAACCUACUACUGCGCUGUGGCUUCCUGUGGACACAUAGUGUUUGGAAAUGGAACCAAACUGGACGUUAAAGACGAGGUGAAUUCUAUCCAGCAUCUUCUUACUGGAGCUUUGGCCUUCACUUCCUUCUUGAGUUUUUUACAAGCUCUCUUGUUGUUCAGGAUUUAUAAGAGAAAGAACUCCAACACCUCAGAGCCUCAUUCCAGACUCUCCCAUCCUGACACAAGAACUGCAGAGAGGGAAGACCAAAAUGAAGAAGACCUCCAGUAUGCAGGUUUGAGGCUCCAGAAGGUUUUCACAUCAACAAGACAAGACCAGAGAAAUGAAAUGAUUGACUGUGUGUAUUCUGCUAUAAAGAAGUAAAACUAGAGUUUAGUUUUGUAUGAUCAUGACAUCAAAAAUGCUAUAGCCAUCAAUUGUUAUUAACGUUGCCACUGGCAACCUUUCGCAAAAAUGAUAUUAAAAUGACAUAGAGCUGUGUAGAAGAGAAAGUUACGAUGUUUGAUGUAAUAAAAUAUAUUUGGGUUGGUCUAUUUAGACAUCAGGCUUUAAAAUAAUUACCACCAACAAUUACCAACCUACAACUUCAAAUGUCGAAGUAUGUUCUGGGAUUUUAUCUGAUCUGUUCACCUCAAACGUGUCGACUGAUUUCUAAGUAACUUCAAAGCUUCAGAAUAACAAGUGAUUAAACACAUUACUGUUGUUAAAUUGUCUCAUAAUUUACAAGCCACAAAAAUGACAAUACUGAAAAUUGCAUACAUUUUUUAUUUUUUUUUAUCAUCUUAACUGUUAAACAGCCUUUAAAAAAAAAAAAAAAAAAAAAUCCAACUAAUGUUGAUCCACUUCAUUACUGUUCAUUCCACAACAAACAGAGUUUUCUCAAUAUUCCGGGAUAAACAAAAUAAGCUGAGCUCAAAAUGCAACAAGUCACUGUGACAGUAAAACAUAAAUUUAGUUGGGGUUUUUUCCUCUUAAAUUCCAAUUUUAUUAUUAUAAUGCCAUACUUUACUAAGGAAACACAUUUUUAACCUUAAGUAAUUAAUCACACUAUGAGAUGAAACUUUGUCCCAUUUAAGAUGAAUAAAAUUCUGUAAUGUUUCUUACUGUUUUUCUAUUUCAGUCAUCUGGAAAUAUACAUAAAAUCACAUUCAGUGUAAAGAAACGCCCCUGUGUGUUAAAUUAAAAAACUUGCGUUGAAUGUUUUCCACCGUAAUUUAAUUACUAAGAGUAUUUAACAGUACAGUGAUUGUGUUCCGACCUGUGCAAUAAUAAUGACGUAUAAAUGAAUUAAAAAAAUUCUCCUUCCACAUGAUUGAUAUGUCCUAUAUAAUAGAUUUCGCUUGAAAGAGCAGGAUGAAUGUCAGCAGGUCCACCUGAGCUGUGAAUCCCUGUAGCCCCUCCAGAGUCUCCCUGUCCCUGCUCAGCAUGUCAUGGUGGGGUUGCAGCUGUGCCAUUUCAUUUAAUACUUUCAGAUGGUGGAUUGAACAGAGCUCUGGGAAGUUUUUGGUUUAUUGUGCUACAUUCAGUGAUGAAAGAAGAAUUUACCUCCUUGGAUGUUUUAUUAUCAUCAACAAUAACCAA